AUGAAAAUCCAAAAACAAGACAAGGCCAGAGAUGUCGGAAAGAAAAGUAGUAGUGGUGGGAUGAACAACAAUGAUCUUUUCAAUAAGAUAAGACAAUUAUAUCCUCAACAACCAUCAAUCACACUAAAGACAAGACGAUUGUUUGGAAGCCUCUAG